AUGGAUUUUCUGAAAUCGGCCGUCGCGUCCGCAAUCGCGAAGGGGAGUUCGCAGCCCUUUUCACUAGGCGACCGAGUCGACAUUGGCGAUUCCAUCUGGACCCUUCAUAACGGCACGAAACGGGAUGACGGGUCGGCCUGCAGUGUUUUCACCUUCGAUAUCGCGGCGAACAAGUCGCGAUUACCACUUGCCAAAAAUGCGGUGCGCAAGUCGAGAACACUGAGGCAUCCCGGUGUGAUCAAGGUGCUGGACACGAUUGAGACCGAGUCCAACCUCUACAUUGUGACCGAGCGAGUGGUUCCAUUGCAGUGGCAUGUUCGGCGGCGGAGUCUGAGCGAGGAGACUGCCAAAUGGGGUCUAUAUACUGUGUCGUCAACUCUAAAGUUCGUCAACGAAGACGCAUCCUCUGUUCAUGGUGCUGUGCGCGCCUCGUCUGUCUAUACGAGUGAAAGCGGCGAGUGGAAGCUUGGAGGAUUCGAUAUCUUGAGCUCGAUGAAAGAAGACGAUGCGAUAAUUUAUACAUAUGGAAGCUUGGUCCCGGACGCGGCUCGGUUCACGCCUCCAGAGGUUGUCAAAAGUGGCUGGGAUGUCAUCAAGCGCCAUCCUUUGGCCGCCGUGGAUGCCUAUGGUCUCGGUGUCUUGAUCAUCGAGGUCUUCAACGGCCAAUUCCUCGGUGGCGACCAAGUUGGCAAGACUGCAAAUAUUCCUCCAAGCAUGCAGCAGAGCUACAAACGCCUCUGCACCGCGAAUCCGAAGCUGCGUCUGAGUCCCGCUCACUUUGUGGAGCAGGGCAAGAAGCAUGGCGGGUUCUUCCAGACACCGUUGAUCCGAUUAACAGAGGAUAUAGACAGCCUGGGGCUGAAAAGUGACGCCGAGCGUGAAAUGUUUAUUAACGAACUUGAUGAUCUAUCCGAUGAUUUUCCAGAGGACUUUUUCAAAAUGAAAGUCCUCCCCGAACUGCUCAAAUCAGUCGAGUUUGGCGGUGGUGGGCCGAAAGUGCUUGGUGCGACAUUGAAGAUCGGUGCAAAGCUGUCUGCUGACGAGUUCAAUGCCAAGCUAACACCGGUCAUUGUGCGCCUCUUUGGCAACCCUGAUCGAGCACUGCGUGUGUGUCUAUUGGACAAUUUGCCUCAUAUGAUUGAUAAUCUUUCCCAGAAGGUUGUCAAUGAUAAGAUCUUCCCUCAGAUGACUUCUGGUUUCACCGACGUCGCUCCUGUGGUCCGUGAGCAGACCGUCAAGGCCGUCCUGUCAGUUAUCAACAAGCUGAGUGACCGAGUUGUGAAUGGGGAGCUACUCAGAUUCUUGGCACGGACAGCUAAUGAUGAGCAACCUGGUAUCCGUACCAACACCACAAUCUGUCUGGGUCGAAUUGCGAAAAAUUUGGGCCAAAGUACGCGGUCCAAGGUACUUAUUGCUGCCUUUACCAGAUCCAUUAGAGAUCCCUUUGUUCAUGCCCGAAAUGCUGGCCUACUCGCCUUGUCUGCCACAAUUGAUGUCUUCACUGAAGAUGAUUGUGCUUCUAAAAUUUUGCCCGCCAUUUGUCCCGCUCUUCUAGAUAAAGAGAAGCUUGUCCGCGAUCAAGCCAAUAAAACGCUCGAUCUCUAUCUCCAGCGAGUACGAAAGUUUAGCAGCACCAUGGCGGACACGGUGCUGCCACCCCCCACAGCCUCCACUCCAGAGCCCACCAAAGCCGACGCCCGAAUCGGUACUUCGAAUGACAAGUCUUGGGCUGGUUGGGCAAUCUCCUCUUUCACGAACAAGCUGGCCGCCGCAGACGGCGAAAUAGAGCCCACCCCCAGUGUCAGCAAGCCCGCUGAUGAUAUCACCCGCCCUGCUUCAGUUCCUCACCCUGCCAACUCAUCCCCUUCUGCUCAGCUGGAGCUUCCAAAACAAAACGCUCGUAACGCCGCACACCCACUGUCUCGCUCUCAAUCUGACCAGCCCGCCCCUAUUGUCCAAGAUGAAUGGCACGAUGCCGAGGAAGGAGACGAUGUUUUUGACGCCUGGGGCGCCAUGGACGACGAGGAGGAUGACAAGAGCGUCGACCCCUUUACCGCAGCCGUAGCCUCUCCCAGGUUGCAAUCUCCUGGUCCGGCUUCCAGCAAAGCUCCCGCGGUCCCGUAUGACGAUGGAGGCGAGCCGGACUUUGCUGGCUGGCUCGCAGCGAAAAACCAAGCCAAAACGAAGAACCCCCUGCCUAAAGGCUUGACCAAAACAGCUUCUGCUGCGAAACCGGCUGCUACUAAGCCGCGAAAUGUGGUCCCGGUGAAGAAGAUCGAUACCAAGCCAAAGGACGAGGAUGAAGAUGAUGGGUGGGGAGAUGCUUGGGAUUAA